GAUGAGUUGGUUGAGUUAUUGAGUAGCUCAAAGUUCACUGCUGGUACUUGGGAACAGUUUGUCUGUUGUCUUCCUAACAUGACACAAGAUAUCAUUACUGGAAUCAAAGAGAGAGGAUCAAUAGAAGAGGAUGUCAUGAGUACUGUAGCUCAACAUUGUCUUGAUUAUAAUCCUGAUAUAACAUGGUCAAUAAUCAGGACAUCACUUUUAAAUGCAAAUGAACACAUUUUGGCUCAGCAAAUUUUGACAGAUAGUAACAAGAAAGGACCUCAAGUAAAUGCCACUAAAACAGUUAAGGCUACAUUGAAACGUCAUUAUUCUUGUUUACUUCAUGCUACUAGAUGUUGCUUAAAUUCUGUUUCUGCAGAAUUUUAUUCUAAGGGUUUUAUUACCGAAGAUGUUAAAAGCUCACCUUCUUUUCAUGGAAUUGAAAAGGAAUUUAGAGAAUCGUUAUCUCUUUGCGAAGAAGAUAUGACCAAAUUAGAAGAAAACUGUCGUAAUUUCGUACAUUGCCUUGCCAAAGCAGGUGGUCCAGCUAAAAAUGCAGCCAUUGCACUAGCUGAAGAUUGGAAGAGUGAAGUAAUGAAUAAACAUAAUUUGAAAUGGUCUCUUAUAAUUGACAUCGAAACUUCCACUGAUUUAUCUAUUCCUCCAAAAAUUUUGCUGAGCAUUGAUGAUGAAAAACCUCAAGAACUGGAGUAUUUUUUUAAGGAAUUUCUUUCUUUGAUGCUUGAUAUUAGAAAGUACUACAACAAGCAUUAUAAUGUUAAAGAUAUUGCUGGCUUUGUAACCGACUAUUUAGAAAAGCGUCCUACUACAGAGCUUCUAACUAAUUGCAAAGAUAUUAAUAGCUUAUUUGAAUUAGUUAGACCUCAUUACAGUUUUUUUGAUUUUGAUUUACUUGAAUACCUUGCAAAACAAUUUCCUCUUAAAAAAGAUUGCAAAUUAGAGCUGAAGUUUAACAGUUAUGUACAGAAAUUACAACAAUUUAAAAACUCAACUUCAAUAGAACAAAUGAAAAAUGCAAUAAAGCUUGUACCUCUACCACAUGAAGCCUCACAAAUACAUUGUAAAAUUGUUAUUAAAUUGACUGGGAGCUGGGAAAAGAAAACAGUGGAAAAUCUUAAAAUCAUCAUUGAAUACCUUGAUGCUGAGCGUGCAAGACUGAUUGAAAUUGAUGAAGGAUCAAUUGUCGUUACAUUUCUGGCUUUUUCAAAAUCACAAUUUCUUAUUGACAAAGUACAGAAUAAAAGUCAAUUCAUCCAGUAUCUUGGUAUAUUUGAAAUAAUCAUUAAUGAUGAAGUUAUUAUUAAUGGAGAGGAAGAUGUCAACUUUACAUUUGAAGAAUCACUAUUACAUGCCAUCAAUCACAUUGACAGUGAUGCAGAAUAUGAGAGAGUGGCACUGCUUCUGAUAGAACUUAAAAUAAAACUAAAUUACCAGAACACUGAUGGCCAGACUGCACUAAUGUUAGCUAGUGAAGGUGGACAUAUUGAAAUUUUUAAGUCAUUACUACAAAGUGGUACCAAUCCAUUUGUACAGCUACAAGUCAACAAAGGAUACAUUGGAUUGAACUAUUUAGCAUGUACUGCUCUCUCUCAGCAUAUAUACAAAUCAAUUGGAGGAGAGAAAAUUAUACCACAAGAUGACACUUCAGUUGAAGAGAUGUUGGAAAUGGCUGUUAAAGAAAGAGGAGUGAGUAGUCAUUCUUAUGAGCCAUUCAUGCAUGUCGUUAAAAAUAAAAUAAAAUUUCAAUGGCUGCAAGAUUGUUUUUAUGCAUUAGACAGUAGUUUCCUUGAUGCUGCUACCAAUCUUUUGACCAGCAAAGCCUUAGUAACAGAAGCAAAACUAUACUUUCAAUCAUAUAUCAAAGAAGGUGCUACUUGUGAAAGUGCUCAUCAACUAGUGCAGUUGCUCCAGCCUCAUUACUCAUGUUUAAACAUUAACCUUCUCACAAUACCAUGUACUAUCACAGAACCUAUCAAGGAACAGGUAGAAGAAUACAAUACUAACCUGAAGAUGUUCAAAGAUACCACUAGCCUACUGGAGCUUGCAAUAAUGACUAGAGGAAUGCAAUAUCCUGAUGGUGUUGGCUGUUCAAAAUUGACCUUGAGAUUUAAUAAGCCGUGGUGCUCAAGGAGAAUUGCUGAAUUAAAUACAAUGGAAAAUUUUUUUUUAUUACCUAUUUCAUCCUUUCUAAUACUUCAAGAAGCACAUUGUAAUACCUCCAACCUUACAUGUACAUAUCUACUACCUCAAUUAAACAGUCAGAUAUCAAUUGAAGGAGUUUUUGAACAGAGGGAUUUUUUAUAUAAGAUUGGUGUAUUUGAAAUUAUGAUUGAUGAUAUUCCUAUCAUGAUGGAAGAUGAAAAUAAGUCAUUUACAUUUGAGGGGGUACUACAGGAAACGCAUCAAAGUAACAAUGUAAGUUUAGUGCUUUUCUUGUUGGAACUUCAUGUUAGUUUAUCUCUUAAAAAUGAUAGCACUGACUUCAUUAUUGCUAGUAAAAAAGGAGAUUUCUUGACUGUUCAAUCCAUAAUUAAUAAAAGACCAAAUUUUAGCUUUCAAAAUAAUGAUGGGUGGCUUGCUUUGAUGGCUGCUAGUACCAAUGGAUAUCACAAGGUAGUUGAACUCUUACUGAGUAAAGAUCCAGAUACUAACUUUCAAGAUAAUAAUGGAUGGACUGCUUUGAUGUCUGCUAGUUGCCAUGGACAUCACCAGGUUGUUGAACUCUUAUUGAGUAAAGAUCCAGAUAUUAACAUUCAAAAUAAUGAUGGAUGGGCUGCUUUAAUAUUAGCUAGUUGCCAUGGACAUCACCAGGUUGUUGAACUCUUAUUGAGUAAAGAUCCAGAUAUUAACAUUCAAAAUAAUGAUGGAUGGGCUGCUCUAAUAUUAGCUAGUUGCCAUGGACAUCACCAGGUUGUUGAACUCUUAUUGAGUAAAGAUCCAGAUAUUAACAUUCAAAAUAAUGAUGGAUGGGCUGCUCUAAUAUUAGCUAGUUGCCAUGGACAUCACCAGGUUGUUGAACUCUUAUUGAGUAAAGACCCAGAUAUCAACAUUCAAAAUAAAAAUGGAAUGACUGCUUUGAUGUCUGGUAGUGCCAAUGGACACCACCAGGUUGUCAAACUCUUAUUGAGUAAAGAUCCAGAUAUUAACAUUCAAAAUAACGAUGGAUGGGCUGCUCUAAUAUUAGCUAGUUGCCAUGGACAUCACCAGGUUGUUGAACUCUUAUUGAGUAAAGACCCAGAUAUCAACAUUAAAGAUAAAAAUGGAAUGACUGCUUUGAUGUCAGGUAGUGCCAAUGGACACCACCAGGUUGUCAAACUCUUACUGAGUAAAGAUCCAGAUAUUAACAUUCAAAAUAAUGAUGGAUGUACUACUUUGAUGAUUGCUAGUGACAAUGGAUAUCACCAAGUUGUUGAACUAUUACUGAGUAAAAACCCAGAUAUUAAGAUUCAAGAUAAUAAUAGAUGGACUGCUUUGAUGGUUGCUAGUGGCAAUGGACAUCACCAGGUUGUUGAGCUACUACUGAGUAAAGACCCAGAUAUCAACAUUCAAGAUAAAAAUGGAGGGACUGCUUUGAUGUCUGGUAGUGCCAAUGGACACCACCAAGUUGUCAAACUCUUACUGAGUAAAGAUCCAGAUACUAACAUUCAAAAUAAUGAUGGAUGGGCUGCUCUAAUAUUAGCUAGUUGCCAUGGACAUCACCAGGUUGUUGAACUCUUAUUGAGUAAAGACCCAGAUAUCAACAUUCAAGAUAAAAAUGGAAUGACUGCUUUGAUGUCUGGUAGUGCCAAUGGACACCACCAGGUUGUCAAACUCUUACUGAGUAAAGAUCCAGAUAUUAACAUUCAAAAUAAUGAUGGAUGUACUACUUUGAUGAUUGCUAGUGACAAUGGAUAUCACCAAGUUGUUGAACUAUUACUGAGUAAAAACCCUGAUAUUAAGAUUCAAGAUAAUAAUGGAUGGACUGCUUUGAUGGUUGCUAGUGGUAAUGGACAUCACCAGGUUGUUGAACUAUUGCUGAGUAAAAAUCCAGAUAUCAACAUUCAAGAUAAAAAUGGAGGGACUGCUUUGAUGUCUGGUAGUGCCAAUGGACACCAUCAGGUUGUCAAACUCUUAUUGGGUAAAUAUCCAGACAUUAACAUGCAAAAUAAUGAUGGAUGUACAACUUUGAUGAUUGCUAGUAACAAUGGACAUCACCAAGUUGUUGAACUAUUACUGAGUAAAAAUCCAGAUAUUAACAUUCAAGAUAAUAAUGGAUGGACUGCUUUGAUGGUUGCUAGCGGGAAAGGAUAUCACAAGGUUGUUGAACUAUUACUGAGUAAAAACCCAUAUAUUAACAUUCAAGAUAAUAAUGGAUGGACUGCUUUGAUGGCUGCUAGUUGCAAUGGACAUCUCCAGGUUGUUGAACUAUUAUUGAGUAAAGAUUCAGAUAUUAACAUUCAAGGCAUAGUCGGAUGGACUGCUUUGAUGUAUGCCAUUCACCAUGGACAUCACCAGGUUGUUGAACUAUUACUGAGUAAAGAUGCAGAUAUUAACAUUAAAGAUAAUGUCGGGUGGACUGCUUUGAUGUAUGCUAGUGGCAAUGGACACCACCAGGUUGUCAAACUCUUACUGAGUAAAGAUCCAGAUAUUAACAUUCAAAAUAAUGAUGGAUUGACUGCUUUGAUGGUUGCUAGCACCAAUGGACAUCACCAGGUUGUUGAACUAUUACUGAGUAAAGAUCCAGAUAUUAACAUUCGAAAUAAUGAUGGCGCCAGUGCAUUUAGCAUUUCUCUAAUUUUCUCAAAAUACUAUAUAACAAAAUUGCUUGCAUCAGUUGCUGACAUAGCUCUUGAUCAACAUGCUCCAUUUCUUGGCAAGGAAUGUUCUGGUAAUUAUAUUAAAAUAUUAGAGCUUUUCCUAGAUUCUCAUCCCAAUCAUAUUCACACUUUUGAUGGUAAGAAGCUUCAUUCAUUAGCAGUUGCAGCAGGAUUCAAUAAUUUUGAUGCAGUUGAAAUUUUAAUAAAGAAAUGUGACAUCACACCAGAACACAUUAUGAGUGCUUUUACUAUUGCAUGUUAUGAAGGUCAUUCUUCAAUGAUAAUUCUUAUUUCUGAGAAAAUAACAACUCUUUCAAGUAAUAAAAGAAAGUUAUUAGUAGCAGCUGCUAAAGGAGAUUUAGGAACAUUAACUAGCAUGAUUUCUGUUUAUGGUAUGAGUCCAGAUGCUCCACUAGUAGCUGGUAUUACUCCAUUAAUGAUAGGAGCUUCAUGUGGAAAUGCUAAAAUAGUAAAGGCACUAAUACAAGCUGGAGCUGAUGUUAACAAAAGAAAUGAUGAAGGACUGAAUGUACUGGAUAUAGUGGAUGAGAUUGAUUGGUAUGAUCGAUCUGAUAUUAAACAGAUGCUAAUGAUUACUGGCACUCCAGCUAAGAAACCAAUUCGUGCCACUAGAUCAAUCAAGACACUAUAUGGUAUAUUUGGUAUUAAUAAAGUUAAAUCAUUUAUAAAGAACAUCCGAACUGAAAGAGAUGAAGAUGAUGUCACUCCCGGCUGGCUAAUUGGUAGAGUCUGCUGAGAUUACAUAUUGGUACAUCAUGAUCCACCAUGUGCAUAUGUUUGCACUGCAUUAAAAUGGCAUCAUAGCAUUACUUCAUUAUUUUUGAUAUCGUCCACUUUGGCCUUCCAUAAUCUUCUGAAAUAACUAAUGCUGUAUGUACUGUAAUUAUGCUGACAUAUGCAUUAGUUAUUAUACAUUGUACAUUGUUUUUAACUCCAGAGAACAUCAAUAAUAAUAAUGUACUGUAUGCAGUUCAUGUACAUGCACU